AUGGAUCACAGACGUACACCACCUGAAUUUGAUUCCGUCGUGUAUGUGCGCGAAUGCAGGUGUGCACGGCGCUGUGCACCCGUGGAGACCAGAGGUUUCAGACAAAACAUCAUAUCCUCCUCCACGACGCCUCCCCUGGUAACCAGUGCAGGUCUGCUGAGCCUCCAAGUACUGAAUGAAGAAACAAGUAACUGCAAAGAAGAAGUGAAGCCUCCUCCAGCCACCACCACAGCCAGGGGACUUGUGAGGAGCAGCGGAUGGAACUUUCUGAGGUGUGCCUACAUGGUGAUAACGUUCUUCUUUGUGUCCUACAAUAAAGGAGACUGGUGUUACUGCCACUAUUGUAACCCGGACCUGGAUUUGAGAGAUGACCCCUGCUGUUCCUUCCAGUGA